UCAUGAUUCCAAACAUGACACUCUUUAGCAAGUUUAUUUUUGUCUUAAAUGAAGUCUCAGGUGCCGAAACAUGUAGCCAACCCAACCAGCUUCACCCCCGCGCACACAGAAGGGAUUUCUCUAAGAUGAUUAAAAGAAGUGUUGUUGGUGCUUUCUCUCUCCACAAAGGUACCCGUAUGUCUACAACUUCUCUUUUUAAGCAUUGUGUUAAUUUCUUCAUUGAUUAUCCAUUUGCUAGAGACAAUUCAAGGGCUUCGUUCCAUACCCAAACUGGUAAUUAUCAAAAACCUAACUUUACCAAGCCUGUCAGAAAUCAAUUCAUUGAUUAUCCAUUUGCUAGAGACAAUUCAAGGUCUUCGUUCCAUUCCCAAACUGGUAAUUAUCAAAAACCUAACUUUACUAAGUCUGUCAGAAAUCAAAUAAGUUUUGAGUUCACUAACCUUAAUGAUGCACUCUCACUGUUUGAUCAAAUGUCUCAAAUGCGACCUCUUCCUUCAAUUGUGCAUUUUACUAAAUUGUUAGGGGCCAUUGUGAGAAUGAAACAUUACACCACUGCAAUUUCUUUACUUAAUCAAAUGGAAUCCUCUGGAAUGGUAGAGCCAGACGCUUAUACUCUGGGCAUCUUGAUGAAUUGCUACUGCCAUUUGAAUCGGGUCAAUUUGGGUUUUUCUGUUCUAGAGAGGACUUUGAAGCUUGGUUAUGAAGUGAACAGUACAAUGCUCACCACUUUAAUGAGGGGACUCUGUAGAGAGGAUAAAAUAGGUCAGGCAGUAGAGUUGUUUAAUGACAUGGGGGCAAAAGGAUUUCGACCUAAUACGGUUUCUUGUGGAACCAUUAUAAAUGGGUUGUGCAAAACAGGGAACACCAGCGCAGCUAUUGAAUUGGUUAAGAAGAUGGAAAAGAGAAAUUGGGUAGCUGAUGUUUUUGAUUAUAAUAUGAUUAUUGACAGUCUUUGCAAGGACAGAUUGGUAGCUGAGGCUUUUGACUUCUUUUCAGAAAUGAUCCGUAGAGGCAUUUCACCGACAGUUGUCACUUACACCUCUUUAAUCCACGGCCUAUGCAAUUCAAACCAGUGGAAAGAGGCUACAAGAUUGUUGAAUGAAAUGGUUAACCAAAAAAUCAAACCAGAUGCAAAAACGUUGACUAUAUUGGUGGAUGCACUUUGUAAGGAAGGGAAGAUUUCAGAAGCAGUAGAAAUAGUUGAAUUGAUGAUUCAAAGAGGUGUGGAGCCUGAUACAAUCACUUACAGUGCACUGAUGGACGGAUAUUGUUUGCAAAGCAAAUUUGAUGAGGCAAAGAAGAUACUUGAUUUGAUGGUUGGUAGGGGUUGUGCACCUGAUGUUCAGAGCUAUAGCAUCCUGAUUAAUGGAUAUUGUAAGAAGCAAAGAAUGGCUGAGGCUCUAAGACUUUUUCACGAAAUUUCUCAGAUAGGAUUGGUUCCUAAUACUGUUACUUACAACACUCUUAUAGGUGGUUUCUGCAAUGUGGGAAAACUUUUAGUUGCGCAACAACUUCUGAAUGAGAUGCAAGCCCGUGGCCAACAUCCUAGUUUUGUGACCUACUGUACUUUAUUAGAUGGACUGUGUAAAAACCAAUGUCUUGCUGAGGCAAUGGUGGUGUUUCGAGAGAUGGAAGAAAGUGGACUGCAUCCUAAUAUUGUGGUUUACACUAUCCUCAUUGAUGGUAUGUGUAGAGCUGGAAACAUUAAAGCUGCAAGGGAACUCUUUUGUAGUCUUUCUUCCAAAAGGUUGCGACCUAAUGUUCGCACAUAUACUAUUAUGAUCAAUGGACUCUGUAAGGAAGGGUUGUUAAGCGAAGCAAACAUGUUGCUCAAGAAAAUGGAAGAGAGUGGUUGCUCACCGGAUGCUUUAACUUACAAUAUAAUUGUCCAGGGAUUUCUUCGAAACAAUGAGAUGUUAAGGGCAAUGCAACUUAUUCAAGAAAUGGUUGAGAAGGGAUUCUCUACUAAUGCGGGUACUAUGACCCUGUUAUUGAAUAUGUCAAAUAAUAGUGGAUUGGAUGAGUCAGUUUUGGAGAUGCUCAAUAAGUUUCUGUGAUCUCUGUUGGGUUUUUCUGAUUUCAAUAGGCGAAAGUUUCAAAUUUUGCUGCCUUGCAGUGUGUCUAUUGAUGCUUGCAUCAGUGUUUCCUUCAUGUGUUUGGGGUGAAAUUAUUGUUCCUUGAGAAGUAGGAAGGAGAGAACCUGAGUUGGGUGAUGUUGGGGAACUCAAGAAGAAUGCCAGAGGAAUUUAUAUGAAACUGGUUGACUAGAUGGGAUAAGGAUGGUGGCUUGGUGAAAACGAGCAAGGGAUUGUUUCUCUGAAGAACGCGUAGUUGGUGGUGAAGCAUAUGGGACUGGUGUUUCAAUGGUCCCGGAGAGACACUGAAAUUUACCUAGCAAUGUGUGCUUAUCUUAUCUGCAAGGUCAUUCUUGCCAAAGUAGUUCUACUGAGAUUUGUGUGUUCCCACUUUGUCACCUUGGAAUGUUGUGCUAGUGUUCCUCCAUUGUUAAAAAUAUUCCAGUGUUUUGGAUGUAUGCCAAUGUUCUAGCCUCUAGUUAAUCUGAUAAAUCACAAGGUUGAGUAGUUCUGUUGUUAUGUUA